AACAACGUGGCUGCGGUCAGUCAGCUAGAUCUUCAAGCAAAGUCCCUCGUACCCAACUCAAUUUAACAUUUCUCAUCUCUUGUAAUCAGUAGCUAAUUAUGGUACUGAUACCUAGCUAUAGAUGGGGAACAUAGGCGGCCGAUGAAUGAAUAUUAUGGUUUUUAUGAUGGAUCAACUUUUUGGCUUUGAUUGGUUUGUGGUCUUUUUGUAAGUAUUCCUUGAAUGCAGUGUCAUGUCUUCCUGCAGGUACCAGGGUCGACAAAGCUGAUUGUCAACCAAUUCCGAUGUUCAUCACUUGUCAUGAUUUUGUAUAAGUACUUCGUCCUCCUCUUCCUCUUCAUUCCCUCAUCCAUCACUUUCUAACUCACUCUCCCGGGUUGAAAUCUCAUGAUGCCAUCUCUUCACCUCCCUCAAGCCCUUUGCUUCGCCUUGGCACUUUUGCCUGCUGCGAAUGCUGUCUCAAUCCCAUCGUACUCAAACCCAGCUAGCGAUGCAAAGAAUGGAGCUGUUGCCAGUGAAAGUUCGAUUUGCUCACAAAUCGGUAUUGAUAUUAUGAAAGAGGGAGGAAAUGCCGCUGAUUCCGUGAGUCCGCUCAUUCAAAAGUCUGAAGUUUCUUAUAUAGUCAUUCUAACACUGUCACUAGAUUGUCGCAGUCCAACUCUGUGUGGGAGUAGUUGCAAUGUAUCAUUCUGGUAUAGGGGGCGGUGGUUUCGCGACUGUGCGAUCAGCCAAUGGAACUUAUGAGUUUGUUGAUUUCCGCGAGAUGGCUCCCGCAGCUGCUUUCGAAACUAUGUACAAUCCUCCUCUUUCCAACACAGCUGCCUCGCUCUAUGGUGGUUUGGCAAGCGGUGUACCAGGAGAGCUACGUGGUCUUGAACAUAUUCACAAAAAAUACGGAGUCUUGCCAUGGAAACAGCUAGUGCUUCCCUCUGUCAAACUCGCCCGCUAUGGAUUCAAUGUUACCGCCGACUUAGUGCGCUACAUGGCUUCCUCCACAACUCCCUAUGACUUCUUGACUUAUGACGAAACUUGGGCAAUUGACUUUGCGCCAAAUGGAACUCGAGUCAAGUUGGGCGAUCUGAUAACCAGGAAACGUUAUGCCGAUACGCUUGAAGUCAUUGCCGAACAUGGUCCAGAUGCAUUCUACACAGGCGCCAUUGCAAAUGCCACAAUCACCGCACUUCAGAAAGCAAAUGGGACCAUGACCCUUUCGGAUUUGAAAAAUUACACCAUCGAAUCCCGACACACUUCGAACACCACUUAUCGAGGCUUCAAAAUUUUUAGUGGAACUGCGCCAUCCAGUGGUGCUGUAGUUUGCAGUGUAAUGAACAUUGUCGAGGGCUAUGAUAUGUCGACCCCAAGUCAGCUGAACUUCUCAACACAUUACUUAGACGAGGCAAUGCGCUUCGGCUACGGACAAAGAACCUUGUUGGGAGAUCCAAAAUUCCUCACAAACCUAACAAGUUACCAAGAUAAAAUGCUAUUAAAAGCCACAGCUGCCGAAGUUCGAUCGAGGAUUGAGGAGUUUCAAACCUUGAACAUAUCUUCUUACGAUCCUUCAAAUUUCGACAUUCUUUCCGAUAGUGGAACAUCUGCCAGUGUUACUGCUGACAAGAGCGGUCUUACGAUCGCCUUGACAUCUACAAUUAAUACCGUAUUUGGUAGCAGAGUCAUGAUUCCAGAAACUGGUAUCGUAAUGAACAAUGAGAUGAAUGGUAAGAUUUCCACUCCACCGUGAAAUUCGCACGUCAUAUUAACAACUCCUAGAUUUCUCCAUCCCCGGUGCAGUCAACGCAUUCGGCUACUCCCCCUCCCCAGCCAACUUCAUCCGACCAUUCAAGAGACCCCUCUCCUCCAUCUCCCCAACCAUCGUCGAAUUCCCCAACGGCACCGUCUACAUUUCUCAUGCCUCCGCCGGUGGUUCCCGCAUCAUCACGGAAGUAAUCCAGCAUCUCUGGCACGUACUCGACCAAAACAUGACUUCAGCAGAAAGUGCGCGUCAACCAAGAUUCCACGAUCAAUUAUCCCCCAACACCGCCGUCUUUGAAUAUGGAGAUCCAACUUUCGGAGUCGAAGGUUACAGUAAUGAGACCACGGCCUUCUUCAGAGAAAUCGGAGCCAAUGUAACAUUUAUGGCUUUGGGGACUUCGACGGCCCAAUCGCUCAGACGAUUAGCAAAUGGAACGUUUGAGGCGGCUGGUGAGCCUAGACAACUUAAUAGUGCUGGUUAUGCGAUUUAGGGAUUUUUUAAUCUAAGGAUACCCGUGUCCAUGGGACAUGAUAAUGAGUAAUUUAUCAAUGAAUAAUUUAUCAAUGAAUAGUUUAUCAAUUAACUACUGAUCAAACAAACUCUUCCCGUUUCCAACUUUCU